UGAUUGAGGUUUAGCACAAAAUGAAUAAGGAGACUGCUGAAGAGCAUAAGAGUAUGGAUUUGUAGGGGACCCAGUCAGGAUUAUUUCAUCACAAUGGUAGGUAGAUAAAGGUAGAGGUCUAAGAGGAAGAAGGUAGGGUGAUCAUGUUUAGCACUGAAUAGCUCUGAGUCUGGGCUUUUGAAGGUGUGGCCUUUCAGAUUGCUGUUAGGUUUAAGGUUUGGUCAUAAUGGUCAGGUGGCUGAAGAGGCAUUUAGAUGUUCAUAGUAGUCAGCAUGGUGGAGGGUUUUCAGCAUCAAAAUGUCAGGUGAACAUGGACAUUGAAAUCUCUAUGAUCAUCACUCAGAAUUGUGAUGGAGAAAAAUACUGAGCAGAUUACUCUAGUUCAGGUGGAAGAGGAUCGUGAAUAUUAAUGAAAGUGGUCCAUGGUUGGUGAGGACCUUCAGUAGAGGCAUCAUUGCUGAACGAUGAGAUCAGAGCGAUAUUCUGGAAGCAGGACUGAGGACCAAACAGGGAGAAAGAUUUUCUUCUCUUCUGUUUUCUGCUGGAAAAGUGAAAUUAAAAUUACUGAAGGAGCAACUUCAAGAUCCAGUGAAACCACAACUUAAUUAUAAGAUGGCCAAUCCUUCUGAAAGUAAAAAAUCCAAGAUAAAAGGGAAGGUUUGUGGACAGUGUGAGAACAAAGCUGCUCUGCUGGUAUGCCUUGAAUGUGGAGAAGAUUAUUGUUUGGGUUGCUUUGCUAAAAUUCACCAAAAGGGGGCACUGAAGCUCCAUAGAACAACUCUUUUGCAGGCAAAAUCUCAAAUGUUAUCCAAUGUAUUGGAUGCUGCCCAUCGAUUUAUCAAGGAAGUUAAUCCAGAUGAACCCAAAGGGAAUAAUCAUUCUGAAGAAGAGAUCAGUAAAAGUGAGAACAAGCCCAAAUCUCUUCUACAGGGGAGCCACUCUGGGGUAGACGUUCCAACCACAAAAAGAGCAGAGUGUUCACAUCCAAAAGAUAGGCUCUUCUGUGAAGGGUCAUUUGAUGAAGAAGCUUCUGCCCAGUCCUUUCCGGAAACUUUAAAUCAAUGGAGAACUGGACAUCAAGAUGACAACGAGAAACAGAAUCCACCUGCAGCAAAAGCAGACUCAUUGGAAGAAUGUGAAGUACAAACUAAUCUGAAAAUUUGGAGAGAACCACUCAAUAUUGAAUUUAAAGAAGACAGUCUAUCCUAUAUGGAAAAGUUAUGGCUUAAAAAACACAGGAGAACUCCACAGGAGCAACUUCGAUACAUGCUACCCGAUACAUUCAUACCUCAAUGUAAAACAGCGAGUGAGGCACAGUGUUCCCAGAAUGAAAGUGAUGAAGAUAGUGAUGUUGAGGAGACCAAAGUACAGUACCCAGCGCCUUUUCUGCCAGUAGAAGAACUAAACAUAGAGAGACCUGAGCCAUCUCUAAAAAUAGUUGAACUGGAUGAUACUUAUGAAGAGGAAUUUGAAGAACCAGGAGACCCAGUGCCCUACAAAGUUGAGUUAGCAGAUGCAGAUAGUCAACAAAGUUGCACAUUUCAUGAUUAUCAGAAUACUUUUCUAUAUGAAACUGACAUCCAUCAACGUCAUGUUUCCACCAAGGAAAAAACAGACCUCUUACAUCUUCAUCUGAACAACAGCUCUUCUUACUGUAAAAAUAACUCAAAAGCAGGAACUUCAGAUACUGAAUUUGAAAUCAUUGUGGAUCCUGAUGUUUAUUUUCCUGCCAUUAAGAAAAUAGGGGAAAGCAGCAUUUCUGAAAGAAAUUUCAAGGAUAAAAUGAUAGAUACAGAGAGUAAUCAAAAGUCUGGUGAUUCCUGCGUAUCACUUGAGAGCAAGGCUUCUUUGCCAAGCAUAGAUUUAAAAAAACCUUCCAUUAAGGAGCAGUUACCUCAGGACAUCAAAGAAUCCUUGGAAUUUAGCAAUCUGCAUGAGAGGCCAAACUUUGAAGAUUCUAAAGCUACGGAGUCGCCACUGUUGUUACAAGAAAUAGCCCUCAGAAGUAAGCCUAUAACUGAACAAUAUCAAGGACUUGAAAGAUUCUUUGUUUUUGAUAAAAAUGAAAGACUCAACUUACUUCCUUCUCAUAGCUUAGAAUGCAGCUAUUCCAGUACUAGGAUUACAACUGCAGGAGACAGAGAGUGGAUUCCAGACCGUAGCAUAAGUACAUAUGCUGAUAAUGCAGUCACCUUGGGUGUUCAGCAGAGUGCCCAGAACCCGUCAACGAGUAGAACACAACGAAAAAUGGGCCAGAUAUCCCAGAGACCUUCAACAGCAAAUUUAUCCCUUUCCAACUCUGUUAAAAAAAGCUCCAGCUGUCUUGUCUCCUCCCAUCCUCGGUCAAGAAGUGCAGGGGCUCGACCAUUGUCUAGAGCCGCUUCUGAAAUUUCAGAAAUUGAAUAUAUUGAUACUACUCACCACACCGAGCCAUUCUUAGAUGGCACUGAUGAUCAGCAAACCUUAGACAGUUUGGAAAAAGAAUUAAAUGUCCUGAGAAAUCUUGCAGAUCCUUCAGAAAAACUUUACAGCCUAACCUCAGAAGAGUUACCAGCCUUCAACAACCAUUCGCUGAACAUAAGUCAGACUACCCUAGAUUUCUGUAAGACCUCAAGUGCAAGAGGCCUUUGUGCAGUUGAGGAAUGGAGCUCUUUUGAAAGAGAUACUGAAGCUCAGUCUUUGCUGACACUUUCUGAAAGCAGCACAGAUGAGGAGGAAGAGGAUUUUCUUGACAAGCAACAUGUCAUCAUGCUAUCGUGGUCAUAGAGUGCCUCUUGAUAAUGAUCAUUUGUUCAUUACUUUUUCGAUUUUAUAUCCAAAGUAAAGCAAACAGCUGAAAAAAGUGACCAAGUGAUUACCUGUACAGGUGCUGGAGAUUUUGAUUAUUAAUGUUUCUGAUGUUUCAAGGUUUGCAAACUAAUAAAAGUUAGUGAAAUUAUAAGGGCUUUUUUUUCCAAAUGAUUUAUUGUAUGUCAAAUGCUAAUCUAUAUUGCAGAUCAUAUUAGGAAAAUUUGGUGAAUUUGUAACAAUGACAUUUAUAUUGUGUGUCUAGAAACUACUGUAGGUUAGAACAUGAUUGUAUUUAAAGUACUAUUUAAUUGCUGAAUUAUAUUGAAUAAUGAUGUCAUCAUAAGAGUUAAUUGAGCCUAGAAUCCAUAUUUUACUUUGGUAACUACUGUUUGGUUUUGAUUUGAUUGUUAGGGUUUUUGACAUUUAGAAAAGUUCUGGUAACUUCAAACAUUGCUGCAAGAAGAGAAAAAGAGGACCCAAAAUAAAGCAGACAUAAUACUUGUCAUUCUAAUAUGACACAAAGACAUAAACUAGAGAACACAGAAACUCCCCCUCAAGCCUCUUACUUUGGGAGGGUCAUGUGAUGGUUAAUUUUAUGUCAACUUGGCUAGGCUAUGAUACUCAGAUAUAUGGUGAAACUGUAUACUACAUGUUUCUAUGAAGGUAUUUUUAGAUGAGAUUAACAUUUAAAUCAAUAGACUUUGAGUAAAGCUGAUCACCCUAAAUGGUAUAUGUGGGUCUCAUCUAAUCAGUUUGAAAGUCUUAAGAGAAAAAAGAACUGGGUCCUCCAAAGAGAGGGGACUGCUGCCUCCAGACUGCCUUUGGGCUGAAACCGCAGCAUCUAAUCUUCCUUGGAUCUCCAGCCUUCUGGCCUGCCUUAUAGAUUUUGGAUUUGCUAGCUGUCACAAUGGUUCUGUUUCCCUGGAGAACACUGACUAAUAAAAAUAGUUUCUGGAUUGUUGUUACAGUGAAAAAAAUGAGUACACAUAGAGGUAUUCUGCUGGUCUCCAGUAGUAAGAGAUUUGGGGUUCAAUUCUUUACAUGAUCUUAUAAUCCAAGGGUUUAACAAAAGAACAGAAAAAGACAUGCCCAAGGAAAGCUUUAUGGGUUGUCACUUUGUGACAUUUUAGGACAGUUUCCUCUUAAGGAGUUUAUUGACAUCAGGAAAACUUACCUGUAGGUUAGUAAUGCCAUCAUCAGGGCAUAGCCAUAGCUGAAGAAUCAAACUCUUUUUUCUUCCCUCUGAUUCUGGGUAAUAACCCCUUGUAUAAGACCGUUGAUUAUUUAGCGUAAUUUAUCUUUGAUAUAUUUUCUAUGGGAUCAAUACAUUGUACUCGUAUUCACACAGGUGACCUACUAUCAGGAUAAAAAAAUGAUGAAGACACCUAUUUCUAUGGUCUAAAAAUAGUUAGGUCUAUAGGUCUAGAGAUGCCCUUAAAUUGUGCCUAAAAAUGCCCUUCAUUAAAAGUAACAUAAAUGAACGAUUUUUAAUAAGUCUAAAAAUGUCCUUCAUUAAAAGUGAAGGGGGCACCCAGGGGUACCUGGGUGGCUCAGUGGGUUAAAGCC